GGUGGCAGCGGUGUUCCUGCCUCUCCGCCACCUCCACCGCAGCCUAUCCCCCGGCCGGCGGCGUUGGCGGGGAGGGGGACAGUAGUUGUAGACGCCCGCCCCUGCCUCAGAGAAGAGAUAACCACAUUCAAUGAAUAAAUACAGCUUUUUAUACAAGGCAUCUGUGGAGUAAUGCUACAGUUUGAGUAGUGAAAGACUUCACAUUAUGAGGUGAAUGGGAGUAGAGUAUUGGACAAAAAAAAUAAAUGUUGUAAUCUCUGCAUCAUGGUGUCUUAGCUUCCUGGUUGUUGCACAAGCUCACUAUUUGCAGAUGGUUCAUAUAGAGAAACUAAAGCAAUUAAUGGGUGAAUAUGAUCAGAUUUCUCCACCAAGUCCUUGGCCUGAUAAGGAGAAUCCCUUUUUGUCAACCUAAUGAAGCAUUCAAAGAAGUCAUCUGACUCUUUUCAAGAUGAACUCGAAGAUUAUAUUAAAGUACAGAAAUCCAGAGGCUUAGAGCCAAAGACUUGUUUCAGAAAAAUGAGAGAGGACUAUUUGGAAACCUGUGAGUACAGAGAAGAGGUUGAUUCCAGACACAGGUAUAGAAUGUUUGAUCAAAGACUCCCAUCUGGAACUAUGCAGACCUACCCAAGAUCAUGCAAUAUUUCACAAAAAGUAGAAAACCGGUUGCCUCGGUGGUUACCAACUCAUGACAGCAAGCUGAGACUAGACUCUCUGGGCUACUGUCAAUUCACCAGGGACUGUUUCUCAGAAAAACCAGUGCCCCUGAACCUUAGUCAACAAGAAUAUAAUUGUGGUUCAUACAAUGUAGAAUCCGGAGUUCACAAGCACCUCUCCUUAGAACACAGUACCAGUGCCCCUCAAACCAGUCGUAAACAGAUACAUCAGAAGAGGAAAAGGCACCCAGAGGAAGGCAGAGAAAAAACAGAGGACGAACGGCCCAAGCAUAAGAAUAAAAGAAGUUCUGAGGAAAUGGAUUCAGACAAACAUAAGAGCAUCCAAAGUAAAAAAACAAAGGUGGAAACAGAAACUGUACAGGUCAGUACAGAAAAGCUUAAGGAUCGAAAGCAGAAAAAAAACCGAGGUGCAUCCUCUAAGAAAGAGGACCGUAAGCAUAGAAAAGAGAAAAAGGAACAUGGCAAAGAAAGGACAGAGGAGGAAAUGCUUUGGGACCAGUCUAUCCUUGGAUUUUGAAGUUAAAUUGAAAAAAAUAGUUGGAACCUGGUUAUAUGAUGUUCAUGUUCUUACCACUUUUCUUAUGUGAGCAGAUACUUUUAAUUUCUAACAAAGGCCAAGUGAACAUGAAGUAUUUAGUAUACUUGCUCUUCACCAUGGAAAUUACUUUUCCUCAUUUUCCAAAAGAAUUACUACGUUUUUCUUAUAUAUAAUCUAACUUCCCUUUAUGAGAGUGGCUCUUACUUAUCAAAUUGCUGUGAUGGUGAAAUUAUUUUCCCCUAGUAGAUGAUUUAUUUUAAAUUGGAGGAUUUGUAGACUGCAGAAUCUGUUUCUUUUUUGGGUUUGUUUUAAUUUUGAGUCAAGAUUUUUUUAGUUCAUUAGGUUUCUCUAUGAUGCAAUUUAGGUUUUUUUUUUCCUUUGUUCUAACUUGCAAUGUGUUUUCUAGGUUGAAAAGUGAAAUACAUUAUAAUAAUAAUAAGCUUAUAUUACAUAUAGUUUUAAAAUUUUCAAAGAGUCUUCAUACAAAAUCAGUUUAUAUUCUGA